AUGAAUUGGAGUGAGGCGGAUAAAAAGCGUUGGAACGAUGAUCGUAUUUGGAAGCGUUUCACCAAGCGUCCUGAUGGUACCACAUGUGUUUGUCAUUUUGUUGAUUUUGAUGAUUUUGAUCGUUUUUUUGGUGGUUUUGGUGGUGGUGGUGAUUUUGAUCGUCGUUUUUUUGGUUUUUUUGGUGGUGGUGGUGUUGAUGGUCAUGUGUGUCUCUGUGACGGGCAUUAA